AUGCUGAUGGUGUUGCUUGAUCCUUGGAGCGACAAGAAGUUUUACCUCACAGCACUAGAUGUGGCUAUCAUUCUUACUGUCCCUUUGAGUCAACUGCGGCCAAAUGGCAACUUGUCUGCCACUACGCAGAGUCGUGUCGCGCUACGGGAAGUGCUCAAAGAUUUGGGAAAGCUCGCACAUCAUUACUUUACCCAUUACGCCAACACACAGUUCAAAAAGCACUCAGCCAAGACUUCAACAAAAGCUUCGUCAAAGAAGUCCGCAUCUGCAUCAAGCAAGAAAGGAAGCAAAAAGCGUCCUUAUACCGAAGACGAGAAGGAUGACGACUACAAGCUAGACGAACCGAACCGCGCCAGGGAGACCAAAAAGGCUGUUCUCGUCCGUGAUGGCAACGCUUGUGUCUUCCUACGAACAAGCAACCCAGAGGUUGCCCAUAUAAUUCCAACCAUGAUGGCAGAGAAGCGCGAAGCGGAUCUUUGGUCGGCGACGAACGAGCCUCUAAUUGCCGACCCAGAAAACCUAGCGAGCUCUGACUUUCCCUGGAAUGCCAUUUGCUUGAACCAUCAGCUUCAUUUCUGGUUUGAAAAUAGACUUAUUGGUCUGAAGUUUCUCGGCUCCCAGUCUAUUAGUGACAAUCCCCCCAUGUCCGAGGUUGAUAUACGAUUCCACUGGAUGAUGCGUGAUAUUCGCAAGCGGACCAGAAAAAUGGAUAUUGGCGCGGAAAACGACAGCUUUAUGGGUAUAGUUGAAACAGUUCGUACAUUCCAGGACAACGGUUACCCUACUCCUCAACUGCCAUCCCAAGAUGGGAUAGUAGGGGCAUUCAAUGCCAUAGAUGGUAUUCCUCUGAUCUCUGGGCGGGUUAUAAAGCUUAGACUACCAUCUAAGGAUGUCUCCAAGCUUAAAACAGCGGUGGAUAUCCAGUGGGCUUUACCAACAUUGCAAGUAUAG